UUGGUAGAUCUCAAAGCAGAACUCUUUCGAAAGCAAGAAGAAUUCAAGAAAGAAAAGCUAUUGAAAGAUGCUGGCAUCUUUGCAAAGCCCAAAACUUCUAAUAAGAAACCAAGCAUCUGGAACAAACAAAACACAGGAGUUACAAAUCGAGCCGAGAAAGAUGUUGAGCAGAAGACAGAAGAGGAGCAUAUAUUAGAUAAAUCAAGGAAGAAACUAGAAGAGAAAGCAAAGCUGUAUGAGAAAAUGACAAAAGGCGACUUCCCAGAUGAAGAAACUGAAGAUUUGUACCUAGUGGAUUUUACUCAGAAGAUCAUAGACAAACAGCAUGAAGUACAGGAACUGUAUCAGAGCGAAGCUGCUAGAAAGACUUUAGAAAAAGAGUCAGAUGAUGAGGAAACUCAACCUGAAAUGGAAAUACCACCACCUGAGGACCCAGAUGAUGAAUGGGUUGAUUAUGUUGAUUUCUUGGGCCGAUCUAGACGCUGUAUGAAGAAGGAUUUGCCAAGCCUACUUAAAAUGGAUCAGGAACUUCAAGGGAAAAGGUAUGGUCCUGAUGGGAAUACUCUGUUAUCUGAAGAUAUGAGAAGAGAACUUCAGAGGCAGCAGUGGGAAAAAGAAGAAGAAGAAGCCCUUAGAAAACCCAUGGGACCCAUACAUUAUGAGGACAUUCGAGAAAACGAGGCCAGACAGCUUGGUGUUGGUUACUUUGCCUUUUCUCGUGACAAAGAACUUAGGAAUAAGCAACGGGCAACACUGGAUAUGCUAAGAGAGCAGACACUUGAUCAGAGAACUAAACGUGAGCAGUUAAAAGAAAAAAGGAAGGCUGCUCUAGAUGCCAGGCUGUCUAAACUUCGAGCACGGAAGAUUAAGAAGUUAAGGGAAGCUGGAUUAGAGGAAGAGGCAGAAAAACUAGAGAAUGGAGAGUUGAAAGGCGUUACUGAUGAACCGGAAGCUCCAAGAGUUACUGCAAGUAGAAAGGUAGAGGUUGUCAUCCAGGAGAGAAGAGAUACAAAGCCUGGCGUGCCUUAUGUCCGAGAGUGGGAUAAAGGCAAAGAAUUGAUGUUUGGCCAAUGGUCAAAGAAACAGGAAGAACUCAGAGAUGAACGAGAUCCAGAAUUUGCGCCACCUUCUGAUUACUUUAUGGGACAAAAGAAAGACGAUAGUUACAGAAGUCAGAAUUUGAAUAGUCCUGAAACCUCCUCUGAAAAACUAGAAACAGAGAUGGCACAAAAGCAACAGCUGCCAUCAGUGCAGGCCAAUGGCAGCAGCGCUGAAGAUGUGCCACCGUCGGGGCAGGCUCACCACAGCAGUGUUCAAGAUGAGUCAGCAUCAACAGAGGCCUGUGGCAAUGACACUCAAGAUGUGCCAUCAUCAGCGGAGGAUGACAGCAGCGAUGAUGAGGAUAUGCUACCAUCAGCACAGGCUUACAGCUAUUGUGCUCAAGGUGUGCCGCCGUCAAUGCAGGCUUACGGCUAUGGUGCUCCAGAUGUGCUGUCAUCAGUGCAGGCUUACAGCUAUAGCACUCAUGAUAUGCCAUUUCCAAUGCAGGCUUAUGGCUACAGUGGUCAAGGCAUGCUGCCACCAAUGCAUACUUAUGGCUACAGCACUCAUGAUACACCAUUUUCAAUGCAGGCCUAUGGCUACGGCACCCAAGAUGUGCCGCCAGGAGUGCAGGCCUGUGGCUGCAGCCUGCAAGAUGUGCCACCAGGAGUGCAGGCCUGUGGCUGCAGCGCCGAGGAUCUGCCGCCAGGAGUGCAGGCCUGUGGCUGCAGCGCUCAGGAUGUGCCACCAUCGGCACAGGCCUGUGGCUGCAGCGCUGAAGAUGUGGCACCUUCAGCGCAGACCGACAGCAGUGAUACUCAAAAUCAGGAACAACUUUACCAAAGUUUAGAUGAUAUGCUGUCUUAUUACAGACAAGUGACUUGA